AUGUGCGCCUGGUCGAUAGAGGAGGUCACUCGCUUCUAUGGGAACUACGCCCACUCUUAUGACGACGAAAUAGCCGCUGAUAGCUAUCCCGCACCUUCCGUUAUUGCAACAUGGGUGCUGGCACACCUGACUAACUCUCAGCCGCCAGAAGGAGGAAAGUUCAGGGUCCUUGACUUAGGUUGUGGGACAGGGCAAAGUUCGAAACCUUUCUUCGAGCCACCAUUAAACGAGCAGAUAAUAAUGUAUGGCAUUGAUGCCACGCCGGAGGUACUUGCAACAGAAGCCGGUCCUUGGAUAGCUGACGUGUGGCGGGGACAGAUGUUAGAAAAGGCAAAACAAUUCCCGUUUCAAGAGCUGCGGUGCCAAGAUAUCGAGGCGCCCCUUCCGUAUGAUGAACCAUUCGAUGCCGUCGUCUGUGUCGGCGUGAUGGACUUCAUCAGAUCCCCCCAGGCAUUACUGGAGAAAGUUGCAAAGUCAAUGAGACCGAACGAAGGCUGCUGCUUCGGACUCACAAUACCCGAAUCAGGGGACCUCAACAAGUUCAACAACGACGAGUUAACGAAGCUGGUCCACGAUAGCGGGUUCAAGAUCUUGAAACACAACCGAAUUUUUGGAUACAAAGACUCAGAGACGGACGAUUGCGUGCAAUACCAUGGAUUGCUAUUGAUGCUUCGAUAG